AUGAACUCCGCCGGCCAACCCUGGGGUCACCCUUUGCGAUCCUACAAUGGCCUCCCCGGACGGCUGGACAACGCAAUGGGCCAACAACCGACCCGACCACCUACCGUCGUCGACCUAACCGCCGGUUCGGAGUCGCAGGACAGAGAACCGCCACCUAAACGGCCGAGAUUGGAUCCCUCUGGGAACACCCCAACCCUCCCCGCAAGCUCCGAUGCUGCGCAGGCGACUCCCACCCCGUCCAGCGCAAGCUCGCGACCUGCCAUCUCGUGGCGCGGCCGGCCACUCUGGUCCUUCCAGGCGGUGGUAUCGGAUAUCCCGGGCAAUGACAAUCGGAACGACAGCGCGACCGGCUCCAGGCCUCCAUCCCCACCGCCGCUUCCCGCCCAGCCAUGGAAGACGCCCGCGGUGGUCGAACCGCCGCCCGGCCUCAUCAGGUCGAGGGAGAGCUCCCCAGUCGGAGCGGUACAGACAACUCCAUACCGCAUUGAGGCACCAGCUGUCGCUCCAGUAUAUAAAGGCAACAAACCCGCCGACUUCGCCCCGUGGACCGGGAACCACCCCGAAGACGUUCUCAACGAACAGACCGCGAAACAAGGAUACUAUGACCGCACGCAGGUUUCACAGAAUGAAUCCAAUACCGCGCGCCCCGCGUUAUAUGCACAGCUCAAGCACCGAACGGGGUUACAAAUGCUCUCGUCGGUCUUUGCCGCGGCAUUAGAGAAGCGCCAAACGCAUAACACCGUCCACGCUCCGUCCACCUUCAAACCACCACCCCGAGUUACACUCACCGAUAAUAAGCGCGAAGCCUGGCUUCGAGACCUCGCCAAUCCAUCCGUGCCGCUGCGGCGUUUGAGCCGAACCAUCCCCCACGGGAUCCGCGGCAAGGUCCUUCUGGAUCAGUGCCUCGGCAAAUGGAUACCUGUUGCACGCGCCGUUUGGUUGGGAAAAUGCGUGGGUGCAAAUGAAAUCCGCGCCUUCAAGCGAAAGGGGACCAGUGGUGCUUUGGCUGUCGGCUUGGAGGCGAAGUGGGUUCGGGAUUGGACAACAAACGUUCAGCAGUUUAUCGAGGGUGUAUUCAGCUCGCCGAAGUCCUCGGAUUGGAAAGCAAAGAUGACAUAUGCUGUCGGGUUGAGUGCUCGUCUCUUCUUUGAGAACCUGCUAGACCAUGAUCAUUUCCUGGAAUGGUUCUUGUCUUCAUUUGAAGCUGCUUCUAUUGGUACCAUCCCGGUAUGGCUGUUGAUGCUUGGGAUCUAUUGGAAUAGUAUAAUGCGCUAUAGGAGAAGAGGUCGUCGAUUAGCCGAGCUCUUGCUCCAGAAACUUCGAUUGGCAACCGAAGCAAAGUUAACCCAGCUCCAACCUCUCAUCGAUCGUCUUUCUCGAUUCAUCAGGAAACUCGUUCGCGACCAUGCAUCCUCCAUGAUCCUGCCUCAAACUUGGGAGACCUAUAUCCAGCAUGUAUCAUCUUCUCUCGACUUAACAAACGAAACAGACAAAGCAUUGUUGCAGACACUUUCGGAGCGGAAUGCCCGAGUGCAACGACCAAAACACUCCACCAAAACCACCCAACGCUCUCCACAUCAACGUAUCAUCCGACUUCUUGACUCCAUCCGUCCCGCUCAUGAUUUCUCCUCUAUAUUUACCUACCUUGAUGCAUUUGACGACAAAGAUGUGCUGGUCUCAAAACUGCUUGAAUGGCUCUCAACACACUUCCGCUACGGCCUCCGCCGGGUCUACAUUGCGGCUCGCCUUUUACGCAAGUGGAAAUCCAUCGGCGUCGAUAUAGAUGCCCAUAUACUCGCAUUUCUCGCGCGCGCGCGGAACAACCAAGCCCUCGACAUGGAACCGAUUUAUCACGUUAUUUCUGAGCUUGUCAGGUCACAGACUUUCUCAGUUGGGCGCUACCUUCAAUGGCUCAUGGCAAGAGGUGUUACCAAUGGAUCUCCAUCUCAGGCGCUCAAGAUCGAGGACUUGCCGAUAGAUAUUGGGUUAAUAGCGCAGCUUCCUGUGGGUCGCCUCCCGGAACAUGUCGGGAAUUUGCGCAGCACUCUGCUAGCACGUACAGGUUUACGUGCUUCGGAGGAAGCAGCAGCCAUUGAAAAUGUAAAGAAGAUUAUCAGCCACAAGUUGCCAGAGAUUUUUGGCAUCGAUGAACAUGCCGCAAUGGAAGUGGAUUCGCUACCAUUGAACUUGCCAUGGGCUGUGAAGGCCGAAGUUGGGCAAUGGCUUCGUCGCGCAGUUGCGCAACACAAUGGACCCACAGAGCAUAUAACAAGGGCUUUCACAAACGACGCUACCUUUUCAGUAUCUGCGCUCACCCCCGCUCAAUUCUAUACUGUCCGCGAGGUGCUGGAAACCUUCGGUGAUAUAUCAAUGCUGGCAGAUGUCCUGAAGUUUGCUUCUAGCUGCAAGGAUAGCACAGUCCUUGCCUCAGUCGCUGACACAACAAACUGCCACUUUGAUUCGCUAUGCGUGAUAGGAGCCACUAACGAUUUGUUCCGGAGACUCAUUGACGCCUAUUCUGGUGUGAAGAGGCUCGGAACACCCAGUCUUGACUUGAUCUUUUCUCUGAUCGAACUUGGACUGCGGAUUCCGAAUGAGCUCAACUCCGUCUCGAUUCUUCGUCAAGACCUCUCUCGCAUGGAGAACAAAUCUAUCGUGGCUGCGUCCUCGCCGGUUUCUGACCACAUUCCUGACAACUUCGGUGACAUCGAUCCUCUGUUCCGAGAUAAACUGGAUCAAAUCUUGCUCUCGGGGAAUGUAAUGGAUGAACCUACACUCGACACCAUCUUCAAUGCCCUGGCAAAACAUUUGGAAACCGCUGGUGGCAAAGUCAACUUGUCUGCAAACGACACCUGUCGUUACCUUGCGCAACUCAGAUCUUUCAGCCCGAAGCAUUUCGAUGGUAUUCUUGCGCGUUGGGUAUGCAGUCAUUUACGUUCGUCUGAUCGGUCGACUUUGUUGCAAAUACUUCCCCCGCUGAUUGGCGUUGGAUGCGUUACAAUCAGAGCUUUCUUGGCGCUCGCAAAGAGGCUAAGCACUUCGGCCACUAUCCCGAACGCAGUACAAUUGCCUGCUGAGCUCGUCCAGCUUCUGGUCCCUGGAAACAGCGAAACAAAGUAUUACGAUCUCGUUUCUUAUCGUUUCCAGUUGGCACAGCACGAGUUCCUCACCAAAAAUUCAGAAGAAGCGAUGGGAAUAGUCUGCGAUGCUGCAUCGUGCAAAACCAGUGACUCCGUGACUGAUCUUGAAAAUUCCAUGGUUCGGCUGUUGUGUGAUCUUCUUGUGCGCAAUCCCGGUUGCGCAGCCCAGGCCAGUCUGCAAAAGCUAGUUGACAAGCACCCACACGCUCUAGGCAUCAUUCAAAAGGCUCUUGAUCUUUUGCUCGGUGUCGAAUCUCAAUCGAGCGGCGAAUCGGUUCUUACAGAGGUAGAGAAACUCGCCAGCAUGACUGAUGAUUUCUCGCUACCCUUCUGUCAGUUGAAGCUUCAAGUUCUCUUUGGUGCAGACUCGGCAACCGAGGAUCGAGCCAAGAUUGUCGAUGCCAUGUUCAAAACUGCUGUGUCAGAUAGCCGUUCUCAUAGGCUACAUUGGGUUGACCUCGUUGCGCUGAUGAGUCCUGAUGCCGUUCGACAGAUCCGCGAGCGUGCUGAGAAGGAGUUCUUCUCCAUCCCUAUACUUGAAGAACCGGCAGGCGAUGUUUCGAGUACCUCUGGCAAGCUUAGCUCAUUGGAGACUGCCAGGCUAUACCUCACUAUCAUCGAGGAGCUCGGGACCAGCAUUCCCGAAUCUGGCGCUCCGGCUGUUGCAUCCGUUCUUGUUGAAAAGAUGGAUUCCCUUCUCCACAAAGUCAUAUCCAUGCACAGCAACGUCUCAAGUGCAUCAAAAGGCGCUGCCAAUCAAGGACGAUCAGAUUUCGAACGUGCUCUUGCAUUUUGGUUCUCUGCCUUGUUAAGAAUGAUUGUUCUCCACCGGUCUGCAUUUGUUCAACCGCCCACGGUCCUGAAGAUAAAUCCCCCACAUGAUCAGCUCAGACUCUUAACGUCUAUCCUCUGCAUCGCCCUCUCGCGUCUCCCCGGCGAUCUACUGCGUCUCUACCCCGCAGCGGACUACUUUCCCCGACUGAAUGCGACCGAAGACUUCCGUCCCUGUCCGGGUGUGCUUCUGCAGACCCACGCCCUCGACGUCGCCGCUUCUCUGAUCGACAUCUUCCCAGACGAUAUCCGUCAUCAAUGCGCUCGGCUUUUGAGAGAAAAGUGUCCUUCCUUCGUUCCAAUCCAGAACGACACCCGCUUCCUGUACCUUCUAGGUCCCAUGGCAGACCAAUACUCUACCAACUCUCAACAACUCUCAGCGCCGUCACCUGCAGGUUCAGGAUCAACUCCCACUCCAACACCCGCUUCACUAUCCGGAGUGGGCCCAUCCCCAGCGCAGCAGUCCGUUGCCGCAGCCUCCGGUUUGUCCAAUGGGAUGGAAGGCUCGAACAUCAUGGCCAACCGGCUCCGCCUUCAACAUCGCGGUCGCGUCCUUGGCCCCUAUCCCGUCCGUCCGUGGGAGUUGCUAGAAGAUGCUGCGCCCUUCCUGGGCGUUAAUGACACAGCCGUCAAUCUGGGCUACUUUGAUGCUAGACGAGUGAGAGCUUGA